AUGGAUGAAUAUAGUGUUGUCGCCGUAGAGUUGUAUCCCUACCACUUGCAUCGAUUAUGGUCAUCUUUGGUGUAUGAGAGUCCUCCCGAUCGUGCCGAAUGGGAAGACCAUGAUGCCAUUGAGCGUAACAUUUUUACAGUAAUGGUGGAGGAUGUGUACAAACAAGGGCCAGCUGCUAUUCGGAAGGAAACUCAGAUACUACGACCCCAUAUUCAUCCUCAAGUUGAAGGCCUACAAGAGCCUAGGGAGUCAGAGGCUCAAAGGGGACGACCACCUAAGAGGACCAACGCCCGAGAUCCUUCUUCGUUUGAGCAUGAGAGGGCAAGGGCAGAAAAGAGGAGCAAAACAAAUCAGAGCCCGAGGACACCUAGGAGCAAAACCCCUGCAGGUUAG